AUGACGAGAUUGGCUGCUCUAGUUGUGAUCGCUUCUGCGGACUUCAUGGAUGGCACGUGUGUGUCUGGUGUUGAUCCAAUGGGUUUGGAGCAGUCUUGUUUGGGUCGUUGCCACAUUUACUACGAUGGAGAUUACGGUGCUUGCAACCAUAAAGUGGAGACUUGGGAGAUGGAUGGUCCUUGCGGUGAUUCCGUAGAGCGUCCUUGCCUCUCGACGUUCAAUGGGGGAUGGGAAGUGAACAAAGAGAACUGCGGCAACUGCUACAAGGUGGACAUGAAAUACGACGACGGCACAGUCAAGACCACGUACUUGAGAACGCUUGACACCAAUGGUUCCGAAACCAAGUUCGAGAUGGGCCAGGCCGCCUGGCUUAACUUGUGUCCUUACGUAUGUGCGGGGACUGGAGUGUGUGCUUACACUCCCGAUCAGUGUGAAUACGGAAUCAUCGAAGGUGACAAGACAAUCAGUUGCGCAGUUCAGAACGCUCCGAUAACGUUCAAGAGAGUGGAUUGUGGCGGUGGCAGCCCUCAGGAGACAACUACCCCAGUUCCA